AUGAAGUGCCUCCCGCUCGCCCUGGGCCUGGCCCUCGUGUGUGGCCUCCAGGCCGCCACCGUCCCCCUGACCAUGGAAGGCCUAGACCUGCAGAAGGUGGCUGGGACGUGGCACUCCAUGGCCAUGGCGGCCAGCGACAUCUCCCUCCUGGACUCGGAGACCGCCCCGCUGAGAGUGUACGUCCAGGAGCUGAGACCCACGCCCCGGGACAACCUGGAGAUCAUUCUGCGCAAAUGGGAGCACGGCAGGUGUGUGCAGAAGAAGGUCUGGGCAGAAAAAACCGCGGUCCCUGCUGAGUUCAAGAUCAGCUAUCUGGAUGAGAACGAGGUCAUCGUGCUGGACACUGACUACGAGAACUACCUGUUCUUCUGCCUGGAGAACACCGACGCCCCCGGGCAGAACCUCGUGUGCCAGUGCCUGACCAGGACCCUGAAGGCCGACAACGAGGUCAUGGAGAAAUUCGACAGAGCCCUCCAGACUCUGCCCGUGCACGUCCGCCUCUUCUUUGACCCGACCCAGGUGGCAGAGCAGUGCCGCGUCUAGGGCCCAGAGAGGACGACACCCCUUCCAGCCCCGUCGGGGGGACUCAGGAGGGACCGGACCUGCCGGACCUGUUCGUCCAGCCCCCAGGCUCCUGGGGUGGGGGGGUCCCAGCCUGGGGUCUCCUGCCCUGAGCCCCUCCCCCUCCAGCAAUAAAGAAAUAAAGCAG